GGAGCCCUUGUGUUUUGGUGGACUGUCCUUCUGAAUCAAAGGUCGCUCCUAUCGUGGAUUUUCUGCGGCCGCUUGACUUCAACGGUUUGGCACAACAGGCGCGGGCGAUCUGUUCUUUUAUCAUAAAACAUGGGAAAAAUUCAGCGCAUCGAGUAUUUCCGAGUCCCACCUCGUUGGCUGUUCGUGAAGAUCACCGACGAUUCAGGCAAUACCGGAUGGGGUGAAGCUUCACUCGAAGGCCACACACAGGCCGUCGAGGGAUGCCUAGAUGCUUGGAUAGACCAAUACACGGGGAUGGAGGCCGAUGAUAUCGAGCACAUAUGGCAACGGACAUGGCGCAUGGGCUUUUACAGAGGCGGCCCAGUCUUUAUGAGCGCUCUGGCCGGGAUCGAUAUUGCACUUUGGGAUCUGAAAGCCAGGAAGUUCGGCGUGCCCAUUUACCAACUUCUCGGAGGCAAGGUCCGCGAUAAGCUGAAAGUCUACGCCUGGAUCGGCGGGGACCGACCUGCAGACAUCGAGGCGCAAGCUCUAUCGCGCAAAGCGCAGGGAUUCAUUGCUGUCAAGAUGAACGGCACCGAGGACCUAGGUUGGCUCGAUUCCCCCUCGGCGCUCGAUGCAUGCGUAGAGAGAGUCAAGGCAGUGAAGGCCUUGGGCUUGGACGCUGGCGUCGAUUUCCACGGGCGCGUGCACAAACCCAUGGCGAAGCAGCUCGCAGCCCUGCUAGCCCCUCACCGGCCCAUGUUCCUCGAGGAACCUUUGCUCUCCGAGCAUCUGGAAGGUAUCAAGGACUUCUCGCAGACCGUGACGUCGCCCAUCGCACUCGGGGAGCGGCUUCAUAGCCGGUGGGACGUGAAGCCGUUCCUGGAGGCCGCGUGCGUCGAUAUCCUACAGCCGGAUAUCUCCCACGUGGGAGGCAUCUCUGAGCUGAGACGUAUCGCUGCCAUGGCGGAGGCGUACGACGUCGCUAUCGCGCCGCAUUGUCCGCUUGGUCCUAUCGCGUUGGCGGCCAAUAUCCAAGUCGAUGCAACCAUCGCGAACUUUGCUAUCCAGGAGAUGAGUCUCGGGAUCCACUAUAACACUGGCGGACAUGAUCUGUUGUCCUACAUCAAGAACCCCGAGAUCUGGGACGUGAAAGAAGGGUAUAUCGAGCUGAUGAAGGGACCCGGUCUGGGGAUUGAGGUGGAUGAGGAGAAGGUUCGUGAACUUAGCAAGAAUGCGGUGCCAUGGGUCAGCCCUGGGUUCGUUGGUCCGGGAAAUGAAUGGAGAGAGUGGUAGGAGAAAGAAAUUCGAAGGUGUGGGGUGGAGAGACUGCGUAUGCGCGAGAAGCCUCUUCUUGAUAGACGGCAUAUGGCCUCGAAUUCUCUGGCGCCUUGAUGUUGUAGCAGUCGGGAGAGUUAAGUGGUAUAUAUACCUUGUGCAGACCGACCUAUCACCGCCCUUUUAGGCGGCAGCCACGGAUGACCGUUAAGUGUGCGGUCUAGUGGAACGGGAUUCAUCUAACGACGGCCAGCAGCCGAGGG